AUCGAUAAGGUCAUUGGUAAAUUAGCGCUGAUAAGAUGACCAUUUUAUAAACUAUCAGUAUUACACUAAGAGUAUCAGUAUAAACAAUGCGUAAGAUAUUUAUUUUCACUAUUCUUGUCAGUUUUGUGUUUGGUGUGCCAACUGAUGAGUUAUUUUUGACUACUCCUCAAAUACUCAAUCAUAGAAAUGUUUCUUAUGAAAGACACAAAGUUGUUACAGAAGACGGAUAUAUUUUAUCAUUGAUUAGGAUACCAAGAGAUGACAGCAAUGGGGUAGCUGUACUACAGCAUUCCUUAAGCUUAGAUUCUGCUAUUUUUCUUGUGAGUCAAAAAAGAUCUAUAGCCAUGGAAGUAUACAAUGCAGGAUACGAAGUUUGGUUACCAAAUUUCAGAGGGCUACGCGAUUCCGACCAACACACAAACCCAAGCAUUAAAAAAUUAGAUUAUUGGAAUUUCAGUUUUCACGAAAUCGGAAUUUAUGACGUGCCGGCAAUUUUAAGUUACGUAGCGAACGUAACUAAAACCAAACUUAUAGUAAUAAACCAUUCGUUAAGUUCAACAGCAAGCCUGGUUUAUUCGUCGUUAAAACCGAAAGAAGCUGAGGGAAAUGUUAAAGUAUUCAUAAAUCUGGCAUCUUCUGCCUUUAUGAACCAUACCAGGACGCCUUUAAAGGAUUUCACGGGACUUCAGUAUAACAUUAUCAAGCCAAUAAUGGAUAUAUUCGGAUGGGGUGCAGUCUUUUAUGACCACGCCCCGUACGUACAACUAUCCAAAGAGAUAGCAUUAAUACUAUUGCCUAACAACUUGAUGGUUUCAGUAUUUAAAAUUGCAUCCGGAUUUUUAUUUGGAAGAUCUGGAAUGGACUAUGAUCCUGAAGAAUUUCCAAUGAUAGUAUCUUUAGGCACACAAGCAGUUUGCUCAAAAAUCCUUAAUCAUUAUGCUCAGCUGAUAGAAUCCGGAAGGUUUUGUAUGUAUGAUUAUGGAAAGGAUGAGAAUUUAAGGAUGUACAAUUCUACCACCCCACCUGAUUAUCCUUUAGAAGACAUCACUGCGCCCACUUAUUUGGUGAUUUCUGAUUCUGAUAGCAUAUCUGAUUCUUGGGGUUCAAACGUUCUUUACGACCAAUUACCGGCAGCUGCAAAAUUAUAUGGGAAGAUGGAUAUUAAGAAUGUAAAUCAUGCCGAUUAUCUGAUUGGAAAAGACAGAUUUGUUUACUUUUCAAAAGUGUUAGAGUUUAUUAAGUCAAUAAAAUAACGUCUUCAAGAGGCCAA